AUGGAGUUGAGAGACUUAAAACUGAAAGGGGGUAAAUAUACAUGGGAAAAAGGGGAUAGACUAGAUAUUGCAGCUAAAUUGGAUAGAUUCCUACUCUCAGAAGAACUAGAUAAUUGCUUCAGGAGUGUCAAACAGACAGUCUUACAGGGGUUACAUCAGAUCACUCCCCUAUCAUGCUACAGUGUGGUGACUGGAGGGCUUCCAAUUCUUACUUCAAAUUUGAGAAUUGGUGGCUACAAACAGAAGGAUUCAAAGAGAAGAUCAAGACCAGGGGAAUCUGGGUUUCAGAAACAGCUUCUGCUGCCACAGUUGGCAGAUCUGGAGGAAAUUCAGAAGCAUAGAAUAUUGCAAGAAGAGGAAGUAAUAUCUAGAAUGGCACUCAUUAAUGAAUUUGAAGGAAUUGCAAAGAAAGAGGAGACAGCUUGGAGACAAAGGUCCAGGGUAACAUGGCUUAAGGAAGGGGAUAGAAGCACUAUUUUCUUCCACAAAACUGCAAAUGCACCCAGAAGAGAAAAUACAAUAGACAGGCUAAAUGUGGGGGAGGUGAUAAAGGAGGAUCCAGAGGAGAUCACAAAGGAAAUAGUGGAAUUUUAUGAGAACUUGUAUGCAGAUUCAGAGAGGUGGAGACCCCGAUAA